CGCAUCAUGGUUCAACGUGGGUCAAUUUUUUGUGAAUGAGGAGGGGAGGUGGUGGGGCCGCCACCGGGAGCCGGGUCCCUGCCGCCGCCCGCCGCUCGCUGCCCGCCGCCCCCGGGUGCCCAGGUGACCCUCAGGCCGCGGCGCCCGCGAGCACAGGUGACCGUGGAGGCGCCGCCGACGAGAUGCGGCGCGGGGGGCCCGGCCGCCGCCCGCCCGCCCAGGUCCUGCCCUGAAGCCCCCGGUCCUCGGGGACCCAGACCCGCAGCACACCCGCCCGGCCCCCCCCACACCCCCCCUGACCUGUGGGGACCCCCGUUCCCGCGGAGCCCCUCGCGGAGGCCAGGAGCGGCGCCAUGAGCUCCCCAAGCCACCCAGAUGGACUCUCUGGCCGUGACCAGCCCGUGGAGCUGCUGAGUCCCGCCCGAGUGAGCCACAUGCCCAGCUCAGUGGACGUGGCGGCGGCGCUGCCCCUGCAGGUGGCCCCGGCGGUGCCCAUGGACCUGCGUCUGGAGCACUUCCCGCCGGGGGAGCCGGGGCUGCGGGAGCAGCAGCUGCAGCAGGAGCUCCUGGCCCUGAAGCAGAAGCAGCAGCUGCAGCGGCAGAUCCUCAUCGCCGAGUUCCAGCGGCAGCACGAGCAGCUGUCCCGGCAGCACGAGGCCCAGCUGCACGAGCACAUCAAGCAGCAGCAGGAGCUCCUGGCUGUCCAGCACCAGCAGGAGCUGCUGGAGCAUCAGCGCAAACUGGAGCUACAUCGGCAGGAGCAGAAGCUACAGCAGCUCAAGAACAAGGAGAAGGGCAAGGAGAGUGCCGUGGCCAGCACAGAGGUGAAGAUGAAGUUGCAGGAGUUUGUGCUCAACAAGAAGAAGGCUCUGGCCCAUCGCAACCUCAACCACUGCGUGUCCAGCGACCCUCGCUACUGGUACGGGAAGACACAGCACAGCUCCCUGGAUCAGGGCUCCCCCCCGCAGAGCGCCAUGUCUGCCUACAGCCACCCCGUGCUGGGCCUGUACGAUGCCAAGGAUGACUUCCCCCUGCGCAAGACCGCAUCUGAGCCCAACCUGAAGCUGCGCUCGCGGCUAAAACAGAAGGUGACCGAGAGGCGGAGCAGCCCUUUGCUGCGCAGGAAAGACGGGCCCGGGGUCAUUGCCCUCAAGAAGCGGCCACUGGAUGUCACAGACUCAGCCUGCAGCAGCGCCCCCGGCUCCGGGCCCAGCUCCCCCAACAACAGCUCUGGGAAUGUGAGCUCCGAGAAUGGCGUGGUCCCCACCGGGCCCGGUCUCCCAGCCGAGACCAGCCUGGCGCACAGGAUGGUGGUGCGGGACGGCACAGCGGCCCCCCUGCCCCUCUACACCUCACCCUCCCUGCCCAACAUUACGCUGGGCCUUCCGGCCACAGGCUCAUCCGCUGGGGCCGCGGGCCAGCAGGAGGCCGACCGCCUGGCGCUCCCCAGCCUGCAGCAGCGCAUCCCCCUGUUCCCCACCGCCCACCUGCCCCCCUACCUGGGCACCGCACCCCUGGAGCGCGACGGCCCCCACGCGUCCCUGCUGCCGCACAUGGUCCUGCUGGAGCCGCCGCCCGCCCAGGCGUCCCUCGUCACAGGCCUGGGCCCGCUGCCCCUGCACGCGCAGCCCCUGGUGGGUGCCGAGCGCCUGGCGCCCCCCGUGCACAAACUGCGGCAGCACCGGCCCCUGGGCCGCACGCAGUCGGCGCCCCUGCCCCAGAGCGCGCAGGCCCUGCAGCAGCUGGUGGUCCAGCAGCAGCACCAGCAGUUCCUGGAGAAGCACAAGCAGCACUUCCAGCAGCAGCUACAUCUCAACAAGAUGAUGCCCAAGCCCUGCGAGCCGGCCCGGCAGCCCGACAGCCACCCUGAGGAGACGGAGGAGGAGCUGCGGGAGCACCAGGCGCUGCUGGAGGGGGGCCCCCGGGAGCAGCAGGAGGCGCCGGGUGGCCUGCGGGUGAAGCAGGAGCCACAGGACAGCGGCGCGGACGAGCCUGACGGCCCUCGGGAGACCGAGCCCGGCCAGCAGCAGGACAGCGAACAGGAGCUGCUCUUCAGACAGCAAGCCUUCCUGCUGGAGCAGCAGCGCAUCCACCAGCUGCGGAACUACCAGGCCUCCUUGGAGGCGGCCGGCCUCUCCGUGUCCUUCGCCCACCGGCCGCUGUCCCGAGCACAGUCCUCUCCCGCCUCCGCCACCUUCCCUAUGUCGGUGCAGGAGCCUCCGGGCAAGCCGCGCUUCACCACAGGCCUGGUUUACGACUCGCUGAUGCUCAAGCACCAGUGCGGCUGCGGCAACAGCAAUAGCCACCCCGAGCACGCGGGCCGCAUCCAGAGCAUCUGGUCCCGCCUGCAGGAGACGGGGCUGCGCGGCAAGUGUGAGUGUGUCCGCGGCCGCAAGGCCACCCUGGAGGAGCUGCAGACGGUGCACUCGGAGGCCCACGCCCUGCUGUACGGCACCAACCCCCUCAACCGGCAGAAACUGGACAGUAAGAAGCUGCUAGGCUCGCUGACCUCGGUGUUUGUCCGGCUGCCCUGCGGUGGCAUUGGGGUGGACUCGGACACCAUCUGGAAUGAGGCGCACUCCUCGGGCGCCGCCCGACUGGCCGUGGGCUGCGUGGUGGAGCUGGUCUUCAAGGUGGCCACCGGGGAGCUGAAGAACGGCUUUGCCGUGGUCCGUCCCCCCGGGCACCACGCGGAGGAGAACACGCCCAUGGGCUUCUGCUACUUCAACUCGGUGGCCAUCGCGGCCAAGCUCCUGCAGCAGCGGUUGAAUGUGAGCAGGACGCUGAUCGUGGACUGGGACGUGCACCAUGGGAAUGGCACCCAGCAGGCGUUCUACAGCGACCCCAGCGUCCUCUACCUGUCCCUCCAUCGCUAUGACGACGGCAACUUCUUCCCGGGCAGCGGGGCACCUGAUGAGGUGGGCUCGGGGCCAGGCGUGGGCUUCAAUGUGAACAUGGCCUUCACCGGGGGCCUGGACCCCCCCAUGGGAGACGCCGAGUACCUGGCUGCCUUCAGGACAGUGGUCAUGCCCAUCGCCAGCGAGUUCUCUCCGGACGUGGUGCUGGUGUCCUCGGGCUUCGACGCGGUGGAGGGCCACCCCACACCGCUGGGCGGCUACAACCUCUCAGCCAAGUGCUUCGGGUACCUGACCAAGCAGCUGAUGGGCCUGGCGGGGGGGCGGCUCAUCCUGGCGCUGGAGGGCGGCCAUGACCUCACAGCCAUCUGCGACGCCUCGGAGGCCUGUGUUUCCGCUCUACUGGGGAAUGAGCCCGACCCGCUCCCCGAAAAGGUGCUCCAGCAACGCCCCAACCCCAAUGCCGUUCGCUCCAUGGAGAAGGUCAUAGAGGUCCACAGCCAGUACUGGCCCUCCCUGCGGCGCCUGGCAUCCACGGUGGGCUCCUCGCUGGUGGAGGCGCAGGCGUGUGAGCAGGAGGAAGCGGAGACGGUCACGGCCAUGGCCUCCCUGUCUGUGGGCGUCACGCCCACGCAGAAGAGGGCGGACGAGGAGCCCAUGGAGGAGGAGCCCCCGCUGUAGGCCCAGUGUCUCCAUCUUCCCGUCUGUUUGUCCGUCUUGAAGCUCAGCCAGGAAGACGCCCGUUUCUCGGCGCCGCCCUCCUGAAGGCUCGGGCGUCUGGCCGGCAGUCAGCUCCCAGACCCGCAGGCCAAAGUGCCGGGGGUCCCAGGGGUCCCAUCCCAGGGAUGAGGAAGGGAGCCACCGCCGCCCGGCCACUGUCCCCAUGUGGCCGGCCGAGGACGAGGACACGGGUGCCACCACCGGGCGGGCGGCGGGCGCAUGAACUGGUGCUCAGCCCGCGGUCCCCGCCUGUCUCUCCGCGGAGCCACUCAGCACGCCUGAGCCGCCUCGCAGGGGAGGCCGUUUCUGGGGGGAGGCCCGGGCCAUGGCAGGCGGGGGCAGAGUGGACUUCGCCGCCCAGGCUGCGGGGACAGAGAGUUUGUGCCUUUCUCUUAUUGCUCUGUGGGUGUCUGCCGGCUUCUGCAGCCCGAGGGACGAUGCCUUAAGACAUAGUUAGCAGGAAGGGGCAGGGGCAGUGGGCGCGGCCGGGGGCGGAGAUGUCCCCCUCCCCGAGGGCAGGUGCUGGGGGCGGGCAGCCCCGUGAGGCCCCGGCAGCCAGGGGGUCCCCGCGCCUGUCCCCCACCGACCCCGAGGCUGCAGCAUGUCCCAGACCCUCGGCAUCACGGCCGGAAGCUUUUUUAUGAAAAGCAGGUAGCAUGAAGUAUUGCUUAAAUUUUAGGUAUAAAUGAAUAUAUAUAUAUAUAUAUAUAUAUAUAUGUAUAAUAUAUAUUCCCAUGUAUUCCAGGCUAAGAAGCUUGAUUCUUACGAAAUCUUGAUAAAGAUAUUUAUAAUGCAUUUAUAGAAAAAAGUAUAUAUAUAUAUACGUAUAUAUAUAUAUAUAUAUAUGAUGUUAAUAAUUCACUCUGGCUGUGUGAGGUUCUUGGCAACGACUGACUUCUGGAACCAGCCCGACGGUGCUCCUGGGGGGUGCUCUUGGCAGACCCGCCCCCCCAGGGCCGGGCCCCGGCCCCACUUUGAUUCUCAUGAUUUUUCUAAAGCCCCUGCGCAUAUGUACCGAGCCCCCCACUUUGAUUCUCAUGACUCUUCUAAAGCCCCUGCGCAUAUGUACCGAGUGAGUUUUAUAACAGAGUCUAUACAUUUGCUGCUGGCUUCCCUUUCUUUGCUUUUUCUGUUUUGCUUUUUUGUACAGCUUUUUCACGGGGUGGAGGGCACGUCCUCGCCGGCAAAGCCUUUCUUUCCUGGCCAUUGGGCCGCGUCUGGCCGGCCGCCGUGUCGCCCCCUCCGUGGGCCCCUGGGCCCCUGUCCAGCCACCUGGGUAGGCAGCCCCUCUGGCGCCCAGGCCAUGCGUCUCUUUUCCUUUUUAUUUUUUUUACCGCCAUCACCUACGCUGCUGUUUCUCGGUACGGGGCUGCCGCCUCUGCCUUCAUUUCUGGGGAGCACAUGCCCCCCCCCCAGGUCCUUGGGGCGUCCGGCCUCAGGGGCACCUCUGGGACAGGUGGGGGCCAGGGGCCGGUGGCCGCCUCUCAGCACAGAAGCAAAAGUCCAGUUUCCCAAAGACCUUGCAGGGCCGGGGCUACUCCGGUCUGUCCCCACGGCCCCCCGCCGGGGGCCUUGCAUGGCCGGGAGGCGCCCACUGUACUCUGGAACCAGUGGCUGGGGGACCAGCAGUUGCCUGCCCUGGUCGGCCACCCUGCGGGGACAGGCCAGCACAGGUCUGGGCGUUUUUUUGUUUUUUCCUCUUUUGGGCCGGCACCGGCCGUUGCUUUUAUGUGACAUUUUCUGCCCCAUCAUAUGUGACGGGGCUCGGGCCUGUGGGCAUGACAGGAGCUGCUCCCCAGGCCUCCAACCUGCAGCAACCUGUGCAGGGAAGUUUCUAGGCCAGACGCAGAGGCCUUUGAGCAAGUUGCUGCACACCCUGGAGCCAGCCUGCUGGGGGGACAGCCAGGAGGGGCCUGCUGGACGCCCCCGCCUCCCCCUCCACCCUGAGUCCUGGGGGCACCACCGCCAUCCACCCUCCCUCUGGCUCUGGGGGCCAUCACAAUUCUUUCAAGUGAUGAGAUGCCCCGGCUUUGGGGGCCCACCCAACCCCUGACCUCUAGCACAGACCCCACCCAGGCCCAGGGGGUCCCCCACGACCCCAUCUCCUCGCCCCCCUUUGAAGAGCCCCAUCCAGGGCAGGCGACCGACCAGGCGUCUGUCCCCAGAGCACGGCCCCUCCCGGGGUCUUUAGCCUUUUUCUUCUUUGCAAAAAUGGGGGGCAGUGGCCGAAGGCAGGCGCUGUCCUCGGAAUGGCCACAGGCCCCCCCCAACAGGCGGGUCCAGGCAGCCCCAGCGGCCAGGGGCCACUUGGUCGAAGUGUUUCCGUUGUUCCUGGCUGUGGUGGGGGCGGGGGGAUCGAGGGGCCCGGCGCCGCCCACUCCAACACGCUCAUUCCAUUCUUUUUUGUAGACUUGGGGCAUCGUGCCCCACGGCGUCACUGCGUGUAUACAUACAGAUAUAUAUGUAUGUAUAUAUAUAUAUAUAUAUGUGUGUGUGUAUAUAUAUAUAUACAUAUGGUCUAUUUUUGUAAGUUUGCUACCUGGAGGUUGCAUGUAGAGAGGGCAUGUCUUUAUACUGUACACAGACUGCACGCCGGGCCCGGCAGCUUCGGAGAAGAGAAAGAAAGAAACAAUUGCCUUUUUUUCUUGUUGUUAUCCCCUCUCUUGUGUGACUUUUCCAAAUACGAGAAGAUGGGGCUCUCUCUCUGUUUUCUUUUUUUUUUUCUUCUUGUCGCACAAAACCUCAGGUGUGGAGGAAAGCGUUCUGUCUUCUGGGCUUGCUCUGAGGAAACUGUGCUUUUAUUGUUAAGAGGGGAAUAAAGGACUCCUCACGCACCGUCACGCUGGGGGUGGCGCACAGUGUCCGGCCUCCCCGGGAGGCAGCUCGGUCCUUUCCUUCUCUCUCUCCGGACCAGUGCCCUGCCCUGGCUUACCCCCCCCCCCCAGCACAUGGCCGGUGGCCUGUUGACUUUCUGAUUGUUUUGAGUGGCCGGACGGCUGCCUCUCCAACCUGCCGUCUGACCGAGAGCACUGUGGUUUAAAAUUUCUACUUUGCAUCCAGCAAGAAACCGUUUCUUCCUUGUUGAGGCGGCAGGGCCUGGCCCCAGCCCCACUCGCUCUGUCUCUGACCCGAUUAAAGUCUCCUGUCAAAC